GGACGUUACCUGGCAACCCAAGUGCAGCUAAGCUCCAUGCCUCUCGCUGCCUGAAACUGAGCAAAGCCGUCGCAACGCAUUUCCACCUGUAAAAGCAAAACUAUCAUCAAAGAUGGCUGGAAAAAGAGCUUUAGUAAUUUUGUCUAAAGGCGCAGAGGAGAUGGAAACGGUUAUUCCCGUGGACGUCAUGCGCAGAGCAGGGAUUGCUGUGACUGUUGCGGGUCUGACAGGAAAAGAGCCCGUCCAGUGCAGCAGAAACGUUGUCAUCUGUCCUGAUACUAGUUUGGAGGAGGCCAGCAAACAGGGUCCCUAUGAUGUGGUGCUCUUACCAGGAGGAAUGCCCGGAGCCCAAAACUUGGCAGAGUCCCCUGCUGUGAAGGAGGUGUUAAAGGAUCAAGAUGCUAGAAAAGGCCUGAUUGCAGCCAUCUGUGCAGGCCCUACCGCCCUCCUAGCCCACGGCAUUGGCUUCGGCAGCACCGUCACAACACACCCUGGCAUGAAGGAGAAAAUGAUGGCUGGAGAUCACUAUAAAUAUUCAGAAGCUCGAGUACAGAAGGAUGGACAUUACAUCACCAGCCGUGGGCCAGGAACCAGCUUUGAAUUUGCCCUGACAAUUGUAGAAGAACUUAUGGGGGCCGACGUGGCGACUCAAGUCAAGGCUCCUCUUAUUUUGAAGGACUGAAUGUAUCGCCAUUACUUAAAACAAUCACAAAAGUCCUCUCUCAGUAAUAAUUAAUAUAUGCAGUUAGCUAUGUGUCAAAUAAAGCAGUAAUUUUCACCCAACUGUAUGAUUCAGAAUCAUCUUCCUAUAUCAAAAAGGCUUACAAAUGCUUUCAAGACUGGAACUUCUAAAUUUCAAGCAGCCUAUGUUGACAGUUAAAUGUUUUUCAAACUACAAAAUAAAAGUUGCGAGUGAUAAA